AUGGAGGCAGACGAGCAGCUAUUUCCCAUCGCCAUCUUGAUCGAUGAGCUGAAAUCCGAUGAUGUCACGCUGCGCUUGAAUGCCAUCCACCGCAUCUCCACGAUCGCGCUCGCGCUCGGACCUGAGCGCGCUCGUGACGAACUUAUCCCUUUCCUCCAGGAUUCGCUCGACGAUGAAGACGAGGUCCUGCUCGCUCUGGCGCAAGAGCUUGGCUCCGGUUUCGUAGAGUACUUGGGAGGUCCACCAUAUGCGCACCUCUUGCUCGGCCCUCUCGAGAAUCUUGCUGCAGUAGAGGAGAGCGUAGUUCGCGAAAAGGCAGCCGAAUCGAUUGUCAAGAUCGCCGAAGUUCUGUCUGAAGCUCAGAUUGAAGAGCACUACAUUCCUCUCUUGAAGCGACUUUCUGGCGGUGACUGGUUCACAUCUCGAACCAGCUCCACCUCGCUCUUUUCUGCAGUCUACCCUAAAGCCAAGCCCACGACACAAGAAGAGCUUCGCAAGAUGUUCACUGCCCUCUGCAACGACGAUACCCCCAUGGUCCGACGGGCUGCCGCCCGCGAUCUCGGUCCUUUCGCCAAAAACCUCUCCAAGGAACUGGUGGUUUCGGACAUCAUCCCACUCUACCGAAAACUUUCCUCGGAUGACCAGGACUCAGUGCGUCUGCUCACCGUGCAGGACUUAAUCGCCAUCGCGGAGUCGCUUAACCACGAUGAGUCCAAGAACUACCUGCUGCCUUCCAUCCGCAGCGCUGUCCAGGACAAGAGCUGGAGGGUACGAUACAUGGUUGCGGAUCACUUUGUCAAGCUGGCUUCUGCUGUAGGGGAAGAUGUGGUACGAGACGAGCUUGUCAUGGCGUUCGUCCACCUGCUCAAGGACAACGAAGCCGAAGUGCGAACAGCGGGUGCUGGCCAAAUUCCCGGCUUUGCCAAGCUCGUUGAUCAAGACAUUAUCCUCGCGCGUCUCAUGCCCUGUGUUCGCGAUCUCGCGGGCGAUAACUCUCAGCACGUUCGUGCCGCGCUGGGCAUGCAGAUCUCCGGCAUGGCUCCCUUGCUUGGCAAGGAGGCUACGAUCGAGCACCUGUUGCCCUUGUUCCUCCAGCUGCUCAAGGAUGAGUUCCCAGAUGUGCGUCUCAAUAUCAUCUCCAAGUUGGAGCAGGUCAACGAGGUGAUCGGCAUCGACCUUCUCUCGCAGUCGUUGCUCCCGGCCAUCGUCGAGCUGGCAGAGGACAAGCAGUGGCGCGUUCGACAGGCCAUCAUCGAGUACAUUCCCUUGCUGGCCAACCAGCUCGGUGUGCAAUUCUUCGACGAGCAGUUGAGCAACCUUUGCAUGUCGUGGCUUGGUGACACCGUGUUCAGCAUUCGCGAGGCGGCCACGGUCAACCUCAAAAAGUUGACGGACGUCUUUGGCGUAGCAUGGGCAAGACAGACCAUCAUCCCCAAGGUGCUUCAGAUGGGCACACACCCGAACUACCUUUACCGCAUGACUACGAUCUUUGCCAUCACCACGAUGGCACCUUCCCUCGACACACCCGCCAUCACAGGGGAUGUGCUCGAGACGGUGCUGCCCAUGGUGAGCGAUCCCAUUCCCAACAUUCGCUUCAACGUGGCCAAGGCGUUCGAAGUGCUUUCCAGUGUGUUAGUCAAGACGCCCGAGGGGAACGAGGUGAUCAAGAGCAAGAUCUCUCCAGCUCUGGAAAAGUUGAAGGAGGAUUCGGAUGCCGAUGUGAGGUUCUUUGCUCAGAAGGCACUCGAUGCUGAGUCGUAA